UCCAAAAAACCAGAGAGCCCACCAACUCUUUCUCUAUCUGCCUUUCUGGGAGCCACCAUGUCACUGAACGAUGUCGACGUGCAGAAGCAGAUUAAGCACAUGAUGGCUUUCAUCAAGCAGGAAGCCAAUGAGAAGGCAGAGGAAAUAGAUGCCAAGGCUGAGGAGGAGUUCAACAUUGAGAAAGGACGUCUAGUGCAAACCCAGCGACUGAAGAUUAUGGAGUAUUAUGAGAAGAAGGAGAAGCAGAUAGAGCAGCAGAAGAAAAUUCAGUUGUCCACCAUGAGGAACCAGGCAAGGCUGAAAGUCCUGAGAGCCCGAGAUAACCUCAUCUCAGAAUUGCUCAGGGAUGCAAAGCUGAAACUUGGUAGAAUCGUGGCAGACCCAAAAGUAUACCAGGAUUUGCUGGAUAAACUAGUGCUCCAGGCUCUGCUCCGACUGCUGGAGCCCGUGGUGAUUGUGCGCUGCAGGCCACAGGACUUCCUCCUGGUGGAGACUGCAGUGCAAAAGGCCAUCCCUGAGUACCAGAAUGUAACCCAAAGAAAUGUGGAUAUCCACAUGGAUCAAGAAGAUUACCUGGGUUCGAAUGCCGCUGGAGGGGUGGAGAUCUAUAGCAGCAAUCGGAAAACAAUGGUUUCCAAUACCUUGGAAAUUCGCCUGGAUCUCUCAGCCCAGCAAAAGAUGCCAGAAAUCCGAAUGACAUUGUUUGGAGCUAAUCCCAACAGAAAGUUCUUUAUAUAA